UCAAUGCUUUUCUUCUGUUCUUCUUUCAUCAAUUGUCUUUUAUGCUAAUAAAUUUUAUAUGAGUCUUGUAUAUUUGAUUUUUUUUGCUUUCGGCACAUGUAAAACAGAUCUGUAAGCAAAGUUUAAUUGAUUAAAUAAAGUAUUCCUUGUCUACAACGGCUAGCAGCGGCGUUUUUUCGUUUAAUCUCAUGUAUUCCCAAAAAAUGUUCCAUAUUAAAUUAAUAAAUUAUUAUAUAGGGUUACUAUACUGAAAAUUAACAAAAAUUUCAAUACAAGGCAAUAUUAUUCUUUUCAUACGAAAAAUAUUCAGAAGUUAGAAAAGAGCCUACCUUGGCGCUUACAUUAUUUUUAAUUUCAAUUUCUGGCAUACGUUCAAAUUUCUCGUUUUCUUAAAUCAACUCCGGGAAAAAAAUGGAAAAAAUUUAUGAAGACUUAAGCUCAAUUGAAGCCAAAAUUAAUAAAUUGAAUGACUUUAUUUCAUUAAGUUUGAAAAGAGACAAAAUUUCCAAUGAACUAAAAAGGCUCUUGCAACAAGCUAAUAAGGUGAGUAGUCUCAUGAGCCAUGGACACAAAGUAAUGCAAAAGGAGUUGAAUGACGUACAAGCGGAUUGUGAUGAUGCCAUGAAGCGAAUGAGGGAUCAUCAAACUGAAAUGAUGGAUUUUAUUAUAGAAGAAAAGAAGCGUCAGCUGCAAAAAGAUCCCGUUACAGAUAUUCGAAAACUGAAAUCUCAUCGACUGAAUGUUAGGAAAGGAAAACCUCUUCGGGAUAGCGAUGUAGAUGGAGCCACAAACUCUGACAUAAAAUUGUUGGGUUCGAGUUUAUUACGAUUACAAUUGAAUCAAGGAACUCCUAAGAUAAGAAUCAGUGAUUAUAAGGAAUCGCCGUUAAUAAAACGAAGACUUAAUAAUGCGGCGAUCAAAUUUUCAGAUUUUGAUGUCAACAUUACAAAACAACAAUUUCAAUCUAUACCAAAAUACAUGCUUGGACGAGAAACUUUCACAGAUAUUAACAAUUUCUUGGAGGAUGUCAUUAUAAAAUGUUUCAAUGAAAAGUAUGAACUUUUGCCAAGACCGCGUAAUGUGGUCCUCCGUAACAUAAAUGAUUUAGAAUUAUGGAAAACAUACAAUGAUCAGGAAACUUUAGUAUCAGGAGGUUACAAAUUCAUAACGUCCGUUGAUAUUGCUCGUAAGCUAGAGAAAAGUAUUCUCGAUCGAAAAACUCUAAAUCGUAUCACCAUUCUACGUCAUGUUGGAAUUUUGCAAGAGUAUAGAGUUAAGCAAUUAAUUUGUUAUAUAUGGGUUGCACAUUCUCGAUUUAAUACUGACGUUUAAUAUCUGCACAAAAUUACACCUAUCCCUUCUUCUUAAAUAUAAAUUAGUGUCAUCCAAAUGAAAGUCGUGGAAUUACUUGUAAAUUUUGAAGGAUUUUAGGAAUUUCUCUAUGAUUUACCUGAACGUGAGUUAUAAAAUUCAAGCUUGCACUAUAAUUGCUCUCAGGGAGGAUAAUCAUAGAAAAAUUCUCAUAAUUCUCUUUUUGUGAGU